AAUGUGGCACCGACAGGAUUCUAUACUCUUCCUUUUUCGAUUGCUUCAAACGAUCGCUGCAGUGCUCGUGAACCACAAAUCUUUUUGGGUUUCUUCAAUUCGAUGUGCUCGGGAAGCCGAGAGACUCUGCGCUUGUGUUAGGGAGCUGCAAAGUCAGAUUGCAUGCAUGUUUUGUAUGGCAUUUACGGGUUGCAGACGGAAUGAGUGAUAGGAAAAGCAGGGAUGAGUGGGAAGCGGGGGUUUGGAUUCUGGUUGACGUUGCAAAAGCUUGUGAGAGUGGGAGUAGGAAUUGUUGUGAUGUGAAUGCUGCGGUAGUCGCAUCUACUCACAUUGGUGCUUGGGGCUUAUGUUCUGAGAGCGUACCCCCUUGCUCCCCGUAACAAUUUCAACCCUAGGAGGCCCAUUGGCCGGGAUAUGUCCUCGAAUGGUGGUAAUGGCAACGGUCCUUUGAAAUCCAAUGAGGAGGUUCAAAAUUGUGGUCGUGAGGUUCAACAUGAGCGAUUGCUGUUACAUGGUGGGAGUAAUACGUGCCCCCGUGUGGAAGUGUAUUGUUCCGGCAAUAAAAACUCAGAUGAGGAGGUGCCUUCCCACCCUCGAACUCCCAAUGGUGGUGGCGCUAACACCGUGGAAGAUGGUGUGAGUAACUUUGGUUUACCAAAUUCUACUUUUCGAGCGUCUCUUCAGCAGGACGUGCAUCCAAUUGGUGGCGACGAGAUGCUUGCACUCAACCUCACUAGUGUAAAUAGUGAAACCAAAACCGGUGGAUUCGGCAACUCUGAUGGGGGUGUGCCUCCGCAAAGGCUCUCUGGACAGUGUUGGUGCAAUUUGUACUCAGAUGCCGAGACAUCCUUGGCUAAAAUACCUUCCACAUUCAGCAAGGAUGGCAAUGCAUCUGUUGGUGCAGUGAACGCACCCUUCUCUGUUGAUGAUUCAUCUCACCCAUGUAAUUGCACCUGCCUAUCAUCCGUGGGUAACAGCGACUUGUGUGAGGAUGGGCCUCUUGAUGUCGCAGCCAGUGGUACGAAUGAAAACUUGCCAGUGUUCUCGUUAACACUCUCAGCUGAUAUACCUGAUUUUCGAAAUACCGAAUUGCAUCGAUGCAUGCCACUUGGUAAGCAACAAGCCCGGUCCAUUUCUGGUGCUGUUGGAAAUGGCCUCACACCCCAGUGCUGCGUUAAAGUUGUGUGCGUUUGUGACAAAGACGGAAGUACUCAUAUAAGUAGAGGGUGCAAUACUGCGGUUCCUUUUGAGCAUGCUGCAUGUAGUUGUAGAAAGGAUCAUGCUUCUUGCGUAGGAGAUGGCCGUGUGGAUCAUCAUAGUGCCAGUGACCUUUCUUCAGAGAGCUCUCGCAAAAGCUCCGAGAAGCUGAAUGGCCUAUUCCCGGCAAGUUAUGGUAGGAGUUCUGGCAGAUGUAAGGAUCCACUUACGAUGAGGUUCAAUGGCAUGAGUUCAAGGUUUGAUGAACCAUGUUCUACAUCCUCAGGUAAAGAUAGGCGAAAGUUAAGACCAAUCACCUUUGAUACUAGUUUCCGCAAAGGCCUGGGAACAGCUAGGAGGGAUAAGAACAAAAGUUGGUCCCAGGAUAUUACUGAAGAUCUGAAACAAGAAAUUCGAGAAGCCUUUGACCUCUUCGACACAGCAGGCUCUGGAACAAUUGAUGCAAAGGAUCUGAAGGUGGCCAUGAGAGCUCUUGGAUUUGAUCCGAAGAAAGAGGAAAUCAAGACGAUGAUAACUGACAUUGAAAGAAAUGAAAGUGACACAAUUAAUUUUGAGGAAUUUUUGCAAAUGAUGACGGAAAAAUUGGGGGAGCGGGAUCCUAAAGAGGAAAUUGUGAAAGCUUUUCGACUCUUCGACGUUGAUGGAACAGGUAAGAUCUCAUUCAAAAACUUGAAGCAUGUUGCCAAGGAGCUGGGCGAGAACAUGACGGACGAAGAGCUUCAGGAGAUGAUUGAUGAAGCCGAUUGCGAUGGUGAUGGAGAAAUCAGCGAGUCAGAAUUCUGCAGAAUCAUGAAGAAAGCGAGACUUCUCUAAUGCACAGGCGGCAGCGAGAACAGGACUUGAAGUGUAGUUUUUAUUUGCUGCAGAUGCUUCAUGGGGGCUCCGGGUGCAUAAUCCUUGCUGCUGGGCAGAUCACUCACCGACAGUUCCAAAGUCUGGAUCUGUCCCAUUUCAGAGGCUGCAGUGGAUGUGUAUACACCUCGCUGUCGGUAAAUUUCAACGCUUAUAAUGAAAUCGUUGCCCCUGGUUUUGAUUGGCAAUGGUUUUGCCGCCCAUCAGCACAAUCCCAGUCAAAGAUGACUCGUCUCUGAGCCUGCUCUGAAACACACACACACAUACAUACAUACAUAUAUUUAUCUGUGUUCAAACGUUUCAGCUAAGACUUAAUUUUAGUCCUGUUUUUAAGCAUGAGGAUUUCCAAGUUGGAAAUAGUUUAUAUCUUUUGGAACGAAAAACCUAAGUAACUGCAUACAUUUUUUCAUGAACAUUGUGUGCUUUCUCAGUUUUGAACGUGGCAUUUGACCACAAACAAAAACAAUCAUUAACAUCAAACUCAAAACAAUACUAAUAGUCUCAGCAAUAAAAAAGAUUGUUAGGAU